GCUGCUUUGCAAGAAGGGUUCAAAGCCAGCAAGGAAGAGUGCGAGGUAAAGAUUAACCUUGUGGCACACCCACUUUUUGUUCUCACGUGCGUUUGCCGCGACAAGCAGACAGGCUUGGCAACCUUGGAUGAUGCGAUCGAGAGGAUAAAGGUGUCCAUUGAGAGCCGCAAGGGUGAGUUUGAGCUGCGGUCAAAGCCAGAAGUGAUGGGAUCAGAAGAAAAACAUGAAGAGUCCAGUGAAGGUGAAGAGUCUGAGGAUGAAGAGGGCAGUGAGCAGGAAGCCAUGCCCGAUCUGGACCAAGCGCAACUUGAUGAGCUCAUGAAGAAAAAGGUGGACGAAGAUGACUGA